UUUGUUACAAAACAGCAAGGCCACGCCGCGCGUAUAAAAGCGACGGUCGCGGAGUGCCGCGCGGCUUCUCAGCAUCAUGAUAGCCUUCGUGGUGCUGUCCCUGAGCUUGGCAGCGGCGUCCGGCGCGGCUCAGGACGCGGCUGGAAUACUGGGCUCCCUCGGGAACACCCUCAAGCUGCUGUCGGCCGAGUCAGUCAACACUGCUCGCGCAGCGGCCGUCCCUAUGCUGCAAGCGGCGAACCAAACGACCCUGGAUGCUCGCUCAAUCCUGCAGGACCUAGCGGGCGACGUGGCGCUGAACGUCGUGAGGGCCAGAGCGUCUGGCUGGGAUGCAGCUCACUGUGCGCAAGGCAAAGAGAAGCAGGCAGAACGGCUGCUCCAGGAGGCGCUGUCCAAGCUGGACGGGUGCACAGCUCUGGCCGCGGCCGAAGCGGAGGCUCCCGUCGUCGUCAUCGACAACUUGACCCAGGAAGCAGCGCUACGCAUCGACAGGGCGGCGGCCGAUGUGGCGGCCUGCUUGGCGGGGACAGGAACCAUCAUGUGUGUGUUUGAUGUGGUGCGCAAUGUGACGCGAGAUGUGGGCGCCAUGGCGCGCAUCAUUAGGAAGCAGGCGCUUGGCGCAGAGGAGAGCGUGGCGCACAUUGAGCGCUACGUGACAACAUGCGCUACUGGGCAGGUGCAGAGCGCGCGCACAUUGCUGCAGCAGCUGAAUAUCGCAGGGUGCGCACAAUAAAGCACAGUGCUGUAGUCUUGUGUUAGAAUUGUAAGUAGCUGGACGUACAUUAAAUUCAUAGCUCUAUCAA